CACGCUCAGACACAAAAUGCCCUGGGACGUCUCUUUACCUCAAGGGAGCGGAAGGCGACGUGUCGGCGGCGUGGCGUGGCUUGCCUUAGCACUUCUGCUGGCCAACGUAUCAACAGUAGACUCCGAAAGUUGGUGGCCUUGGUGCCCAACCAUUGCUGGCAUGACAGCCAGAGAGGGUGUGGACUAUAAUAUGAAAGGUGAUCCUUAUGAUAUGGAUGUUUUUUUAACGGAAGAUUCCGUGAAGCAUUACGCAAGCAUGGCGUCAUCUGCGAGGUCUUCCUGCCAAGCCGUCGCGCUUUCAAGGUGGUAUGAUGGCGAAUACUGGCUAUUCACCGUCGACUACAGGAACACAAGCGUCACCAACUACAAUGAUACAAACCGUUGCUUUUAUACUUUCAAUUCGACAUCCCCGGGUGACUGCCCGGACAUCCCAGGUCUCACACUCACCCGUGACAUGGACUACAUGACGGGAGUUUUUACUGCUGACGCCAGCGGUUGCUAUGAGGUUUCCGCUAACAUCGCUGCCAACAUGACUGCCAGUUGCAGUUAUGCCGCAGGCUGCAGGGCUUUUUCAUUUUAUCCUGUGUUAAGCAGCAAGUACGGGUGCAAGAGGAACUCUUCCACCCCCAAUGUGUCGAGGCCGGGAGCUUGCUUUUACGCAUUGCCAUCCACUCUCCCUCCAUCGCCCGAGCCUCUUCCUCCAUCGCCCGAGCCUCUUCCUCCUUCUCCUAGCCCUCCAUCGCCUGCUCCUCUCCCUCCCUCUCCCAGCCCUCCGUCGCCUGCUCCUCUCCCUCCCUCUCCUAGCCCUCCAUCGCCUGCUCCUCUUCCUCCUUCUCCCAGCCCUCCAUCGCCUGCUCCUCUCCCUCCCUCUCCCAGCCCUCCGUCGCCUGCUCCUCUCCCUCCCUCUCCUAGCCCUCCAUCGCCUGCUCCUCUCCCUCCCUCUCCCAGCCCUCCGUCGCCUGCUCCUCUCCCUCCCUCUCCUCUCCCUCCGUCGCCUGCCCCUCUCCCUCCCUCUCCUCUCCCUCCGUCGCCUGCUCCUCUCCCUCCCUCUCCCAGCCCUCCAUCGCCUAGCCCCCCCUCUCCCCCUCCCUCUCCCAGCCCUCCACCCCCACCCCCGCCUCCCCGGAUCCUCAUCAGUACACCACCCAGCCCCGCUCCCCCUAGCCCCAUACCUCCACCAUCUCCCAUCCCGUCCUCCUCGCCCCUACCACCCUCACCCUUGCCACCCCCUCCACCUAGCCCUUCACCACCCUUGCCCCUGUCGCCCCCCCACCCAAGCCCACCACAGCUUUCACAGCCGCCGUCCCCAAUGCCCUUACCCCCACCGCCUCAGCCUCCGAGCCAACCUCAGCCGCCAUCCCCAAUGCCUCCGUCACCGCCACCCUCACCGCCUCCUCCCUCGCCAACUCCCCCUCGGCCCCGCCUUCCCUCGCCACCACCACCAACCCCGCCGCGUGUUCCGCUGUCGCCGCCGCCUAAGACACCACCUCGCCACCCACCCAACACGCCCUCGCCACCACCGCCACCAACCUUCUUCUGGGCAACGUCCGCCUCGGGUCCCAAUGAUCACUCCGGCAGCAGCACCCAACCGGGCUCCGUAAACCUGCUAGUGGGGCCGCCAAGCCCGCAAGUCCUGAAUGCCAGGGUUUGCAAACCCGCUAGCAAACUCAGCUGGCUGCCCCCCAAAGCGGCCCCUCGCUACGCGCUGGCCUACUUCAACCAGAGCUCUCUAGCCAGCCUUCCCGUCAGCAGGAUUGCAGCUGUGGGGGUAUAUGUCCUCAACCGCGGCAGCCUCCCCAGCCCCGCCAUUGCUUCCAUCGAGCUCCUGCUGCUUGGACCCGACAAAGUGGCCUCGGCUGUUACGGUGUACACCGGCACCGCGGAUCAGCAGCUGGCGUGCCCCGGCCUGAACUACUUUGCUGUGUCGGCAGCAACAAUGGUGCCCGUCACGACGCCCGCAGCACUUGGCAACCUUCAUGUCAUUGGAGCUCGGAUCACCAUAAGCGAGGCAGAUGUCUCGGCAAAGGCUAACCUGCCCCAUAUUGCAGCGAUUGGCCUACAGAUCGCUUGAGUGAAGCCGCAAGGCUGGUAUCACCGCUCCUUGCCUGUGAGCAACGGAAACGCAAAUUGACACAUUGGAAAACUUCACCACAUACACUACACCACCACCUCGUAUUAGCUGCUUUGGACUGGGCCAACGCCUUUGACCAUAUUGUUGUUGGUUGUUGGUUUAUGUUGUGCAGACGAAUACCAAAAUGCUUUUCUUAUAGGUGCGGUAAUUGGCCAAUAGCACCCCUACUGUACGGCUGCUGUGAUGCCGUACAUGCUGCUUUGUCCGUAUCAUGUGUUGCUUAAUUUCCUUUUGCCUGGACAGCACGAACUUCUUAGUCAAAAUUUGGUACGGUAAUUGGCCAAUAGCACCCCUACUGUACGGCUGCUGUGAUGCCGUACAUGCUGCUUUGUCCGUAUCAUGUGUUGCUUGAUUUCCUUUUGCUUGGACAGCACGAACUUCUUAGUCAAAAUUUGGUACGGUAAUUGGCCAAUAGCACCCCUACUGUACGGCUGCUGUGAUGCCGUACAUGCUGCUUUGUCCGUAUCAUGUGUUGCUUAAUUUCCUUUUGCUUGGACAGCACGAACUUCUUAGUCAAAAUUUGGUACGGUAAUUGGCCAAUAGCACCCCUACUGUACGGCUGCUGUGGUGCCGUACAUGCUGCUUUGUCCGUAUCAGUGUUAAUAAGUUUCCUUUUGCCUGGACAGCACGAACUUCUUAGUCAAAAUUUGGUCCGGUAAUUGGCCAAUAGCACCCCUACUGUACGGCUGCUGUGAUGCCGUACAUGCUGCUUUGUCCUUAACAUGUGUUGCUUGAUUUCCUUUUGCUUGGACGGCACGCACGCCAUGUGCUUGUUUGAAGCUUUCAUUAACGCCGGACUAAAGGCGCUUUAUAGUCUAAUUGCUGUCUGUUCUUCACUGCAUACCACUACACUUGGAAUUGCAGUAGGUUGUUUGGCGUAUUUGGCUCGGCAGGUAUGGACAUGCCAUGCAACGUGUUAGUUCAAACAUGCGUAACGGCUUUGCUUGUUUUGUUGAUGAGCCCUGUUCGCGACGUGCGUGGCAUCCAGGGGGCUCCCUUGGGUCACUCCUACACUAUUGUGCGUUGUAACAACA